AUGGGGAACUGUUUGACUGUGGGUCCAAACGAGGCUCUGGUGGUCUCGGGUGGUUGUUUCGAAUCCAACGAUAAGACCUACAUCGUGGGAGGCUGGGCCUGGGCUUGGUGGUUCAUCUCAGACACCCAAAGGAUAACCCUGGAGAUCAUGACUCUGCAGCCUCGUUGUGAGGAUGUGGAAACAGCAGAGGGGGUUGCCAUCACUGUCACAGGGGUGGCUCAGGUGAAAGUCAUGACAGAACAGGACUUGCUGGCAUUAGCUUGUGAGCAGUUUCUGGGUAAAUCCGUGAUUGAAAUCAAAACUGUGAUUCUACAGACUUUGGAGGGACAUCUGCGCUCCAUUCUAGGUACUUUGACUAUAGAGCAGAUCUAUCAGGACAGGGACCAGUUUGCCAAACUGGUGCGGGAGGUAGCAGCUCCUGAUGUGGGCAGGAUGGGCAUCGAGAUUCUCAGCUUUACCAUCAAGGAUGUGUAUGAUAAACUGGAUUACCUGAGCUCCCUUGGGAAGACCCAGACUGCCGCUGUUCAGAGGGAUGCAGACAUCGGUGUGGCUGAGGCAGAGAGGGAUGCUGGGAUACGGGAGGCAGAAUGUAAGAAGGAGAUGAUGGACGUCAAAUUCCAGGCCGACACCAAGAUGGCUGACUCCAAACGAAAACUGGAGCUGCAGAAAGCUUCUUUCAACCAGGAGGUCAACACGAAGAAAGCAGAGGCCCAGCUGGCGUACGAGCUGCAGGCAGCCAAGGAGCAGCAAAAGAUCCGUCUGGAGGAGAUUGAGAUCCAAGUGGUGCAGAGGAAGAAACAGAUCAUCAUUGAGGAGAAGGAGAUAGACCGGACUGACAAGGAACUCAUUGCUGUGGUCAAGAAGCCCGCUGAGGCCGAGGCCUACAAAAUGAAGCAGCUGGCUGAGGGGCAGAAGAUGAAAACAGUGCUGAUAGCUCAGGCACAGGCAGAGAAGAUCAGGAAGAUCGGCGAGGCGGAGGCUGCCUCGAUCGAAGCAGUUGGCAAGGCGGAGGCUGAGAAGAUGAGACUGAAGGCGGAGGCCUACCAGCAGUACGGAGAGGCAGCUAAGACUGCCCUGGUCCUCGAGGCCCUGCCUAAGAUUGCGGCCAAGGUGGCAGCGCCAUUAGCCAAGACCAAUGAGAUCGUCAUCCUGAGCGGGGAGGGUGGCCGCGUGACGGGCGAGGUAAACCGCCUUUUGGCUGAACUUCCUGCGUCUGUCAACGCUCUCACUGGAGUGGAUUUGUCAAAGAUCCCGUUGCUGCAGAAGAUGACUAGUACUCAAGCCUGAAGACCAGACUCCACAUGACUCCAGUAUCUGUUGUAUGCACUCUCAUAGACUGCCUUUAAUACACUUGAAAAUUUUUGUUGUUUUAUACGUAUAUACUGUAUACCAAGUGAAUUUUGGAAGCCUCUGGUGCCUUACUUUAUACAGGACCAGAAAAUCUGCAUGCACUGCUGCUCAUUCAAAGAAUUUUUAUUAAUUUGUAACGUGGAAACAUUUUGGGUUGUUUUUCUUUUAGUUUUCUUAUGUGAUCAGUUUAUAUAUGUAAUUUAUUGGCCCGUUUUGUAUGAAAUGUCAUUGAAGAGGAGAGCUGAUAGUAGACGGGUGUGAUGAUUGACGACCAGCUGACUCUCACCCAGGUAACAUUUAUAUUGUCACGUGACCUGACAGCUGAUGUUACCACCGGCUCUUUGGUAUUCAUACAUCGGGUCUCUGCUUUUUCAGACAUGAGGCAUCUGCUCUCACUUUUUAGUGAGUCAGUUUUUUUUUUUCUUUCAUUAUAUUGCGGGCAUUUUUGUUGAUUUAUAUACCUCUGUCUUGAUUGUGAGACACAUCCUCAUUCCCUAGAUAAUCUGAAUCUUUUCUUGUUAAGUCGAGAACUUUCUUUGUAUUGCACAUAUUGUAAUUUUUAACUAUCCAAUGUUAUUCAGGUUAUUUUAUGUCUCAGUGAUUGAUUUUUUUUAUAAUGACAAAGGUGCUCACAGUCUUAUAAGAAGCCCCUUUCAUUGUGCAAAUCUCCAUCAAAAUGUUUCCCAUCUGCAGAGCUUGUGAUGUGCUCCUUUAAUAUUUAGUGUGGGUUUUAAAGUAAAAUGGUCGUAGUUUUGGCGUCGAUCAAGACUGAAAAAAUUGGUUGGUGUUAAAAUCAAAAAGAAGAGAGUAAAAAUGACGGAGUUGGAGUUGUGUCAAACAUAUUUAUAUUGUGAAAAAAAAAAGCUUAAUGUGACUAGAUUCUGAAAAUGAAAGACCAAACAGCGAUGCCAAAUAGAAUACAUUGUCGUUUCAUUUUUAUUGCACCAGGAGGGACUUGGGACGCUGCAUAGUUUAUCUGACACCGAUAUUUAAUUUCAGGCUGCGAAGGCGAAGCCAUGAUCAAAUCAAACGUUCACAUUUCACAGAAGCGCACUUCCUGUUCGGUGCGUGUACAUGUCUGCACUGAUUUGUUUUAGAUAUAGAUAUAGAUCACAUCAGAUAUAGAAUGAUAUUUUAGCAGAACACUUUAACUUAUCAACAACGUUUUAACUCUUUUAAUAAGUGAUAUUGCUGUUUGUAAAUGGUCACAAUGCUUUCUUGUUUUGGGGUCAACUGUUUAGCUCCAGUGCAGCAGUACACAGGAUCUGACGCUCAGUUGAAUGUCAAAGACUUUUGGAAAAAGAUUUCUUGGGGCUUUUGACAACUACAGUCUAUUAUUGGGAGUAACAGGUUGAGACCUCCUAUGAAAUGUUAUUUCAUCCACUUCCAGAAGAAGUGAUGGUGAACUCUGGUCCGAACCAAAACCUUCCCGUCUCCUCCUACAGCUGCACUCACCUCCACUAAAAAUCAACUAAACUGACAGUGAUGUUUAGUUCGAACCUCAUAUCUCAAGCAGAUUACAACACAAAUUGAGUGCUAGUUUUACGUUUGAGCGUACUGAUACAGAAUUUACAGAGGACUGUUAUUGUUGUUAAUACUGUUCUUUGGGCACCAGUCUCUCGUCCUCAGUUGAUUUAUGUUUGUAUCAUUUUUUUGCUCAUUCAGUGACUUGAGAAAUACUGUGACCGUAUAGAUUUGUUUUUGCAAGCAAAUGUUUUGAACUUCAGAUGUGUUCAGUGUGUAAACUCAACUCUAACUUGUCUGUCUUUAAUGUUUUUGUGAAAUGAUUACAUAUUUGUGUUAUUAUCCUAAUGUUAUUUACAACACGUACACUUUCUCUCAAACGGCCAUGAAUCCCCUGUAUGCUCUUGCUGCAUGUCAUCCGUCUGUACUCAGAAUAAUCAGUUCACUCUUAGUAAACUGUCGUUCUAAUAAA